GACCCCCGCCGCACGCUCCCCCUCCCCCGGGCUGGGCGUCCGCAGGAAGGGGGGAGUGUCCCGGGGAAGUAUCGCGGUGCUUGGCUCCCCCUCCUCCUCCUCCCGGGGCAGCAGUGACAGUACGCGGCCAGAGCCGAGUGACACGAGUCGUCUCAGCAGCAGGGUCACCCAGGGAGACAGCGGGCAUUCAGCAGACGGAGGCGAGCAGAGCCCGGCAGCAGGGGAGGAGAAGGAGGCUGCGGGAGGGAGGGGAAGCAGGAGCCGCCCCGGAGAAGGAGGGUGAGACGCAGAGGAAGAAGCAGAGGAGAUCUCGCCCCGGCUACUCUGACAGCCCGCCGCCCGCCCGAUGCGAGAUUAGUUCCCCCGGCAUUAGCAUGGCCACCCCCGCGACCUGCACCCGCUUCACGGACGAGUACCAGCUGUACGAGGAGCUUGGCAAGGGAGCCUUUUCUGUAGUGCGUAGAUGUGUGAAGAAAUCCUCCAACCAGGAAUAUGCUGCAAAGAUCAUCAACACCAAGAAGUUGUCAGCCAGAGACCACCAGAAGCUGGAGCGUGAGGCUCGCAUUUGCCGACUCCUAAAACAUCCCAAUAUUGUGCGUCUCCAUGACAGUAUUUCAGAAGAAGGUUUUCACUAUCUUGUUUUUGACCUGGUCACAGGCGGAGAGCUGUUUGAAGACAUUGUAGCAAGAGAAUAUUACAGUGAAGCAGAUGCUAGCCACUGCAUUCACCAGAUCCUGGAAAGCGUCAACCACAUUCACCAACAUGAUAUUGUGCACAGGGAUCUUAAGCCUGAAAACCUGUUGUUGGCUAGUAAAUGCAAGGGCGCUGCUGUGAAAUUGGCUGACUUUGGUCUUGCGAUUGAAGUUCAGGGAGAACAGCAAGCAUGGUUUGGCUUUGCUGGUACACCAGGUUACCUCUCCCCAGAGGUGUUAAGAAAAGACCCUUAUGGAAAACCAGUUGACAUAUGGGCUUGUGGGGUCAUUCUGUACAUAUUACUAGUGGGUUAUCCUCCAUUCUGGGAUGAAGAUCAACAUAAGCUUUACCAACAGAUCAAAGCUGGAGCAUAUGAUUUUCCGUCACCAGAGUGGGACACGGUCACCCCGGAAGCAAAGAAUUUAAUCAAUCAGAUGUUGACAAUAAAUCCUGCAAAACGCAUCACAGCAGAUCAGGCUCUAAAGCACCCGUGGGUCUGCCAACGAUCAACAGUUGCCUCAAUGAUGCACAGACAAGAGACAGUGGAAUGUUUGAGGAAGUUCAACGCCCGGAGAAAGCUUAAAGGUGCAAUUCUUACUACAAUGUUGGUAUCUCGAAAUUUUUCAGGUGCUGUUAACAGAAGAGAGAAAAAGGAAGACCCUACAGUUGGCAGGCAGAGCUCCGCCCCCGUUGCAGCCGCCACCAGUGCUGCCAACUUGGCUGAGCAAGCUGCCAAAAGUCUAUUAAACAAGAAGACAGAUGGAGUAAAGCCGCAGACCAACAACAAAAACAGCAUAGUAAGCCCAGCAAAAGAAAACCCCCCAUUGCAGACAACAAUGGAACCUCAAACAACUGUUGUCCAUAAUGCAACAGAUGGAAUAAAAGGAUCAACUGAGAGCUGUAAUACAACAACUGAAGAUGAAGAUCUAAAAGCAUCUCUUCUUUGUCCUGGGCAUGGGACUGUGUUUCUCAAAGGAUGGAGCCUGAGUGAAAGCAAAAUGCAGACUCAGUCCUUGCAGUCACAGUUUGGGCUGUGUGAGGCAGCCACUACACAGUCAUGUGAAGAGAAAAUCCUAGCCUGGGAAAGCCCAGGUCAAACUCUGGAAGUAGAGCAUGCUCAGGCUGAGCCUCUGCUCACUCCAGUUGUACCAUUUUCACUUAGCAGUUCACUAUUGCGGAAACAGGAGAUUAUCAAGAUUACAGAGCAACUCAUUGAAGCUAUCAAUAACGGGGACUUUGAUGCUUACACGAAGAUCUGCGACCCCGGCUUGACAUCAUUUGAACCGGAAGCCCUUGGGAACCUUGUGGAAGGAAUGGACUUUCAUAAAUUUUAUUUUGACAAUUUGCUGUCAAAGAAUACCAAGCCUAUCCAUACUACGAUCCUGAAUCCACAUGUGCAUGUAAUUGGAGAAGAUGCGGCUUGCAUUGCCUAUAUCCGACUCACCCAGUACAUUGAUGCCCAGGGACGACCUCGUACCACACAGUCAGAAGAAACACGAGUCUGGUAUCGCAGAGAUGGCAAGUGGUUGAAUGUCCACUAUCAUUGCUCUGGGGCCCCAGCUGCCCCCCUCCAGUGAGGAAUUAAUACUGCCUCUCCACUGGAAGAACCUCUUUCUAGCGAGCGAGUGAGGAUCGCCCAAACGACGGCAACAGUCCUGUUCGUUCGGAAGUUUUAAAAAAGAUAAAAAGUAAAAAAUUCAAAAAAAUAAAAAUAUUGAUGCCGGCAGUAGCCAAAAAUGCACGAAAACCCUGCAUGCAUUCUGAGGCUGAAGCAGCUGCUGGCUAAUUGUUGUAUUUCAUGGAUCCAUCGUGUCUGUUCCUGCUGUACGGAGGUGUUUUUAAAGUUUCAAAAACUAACAUUAAAAAAGUAUAUAUAUCGUUUGUUAAAAACCAGGCUGAGGAGUAUGUGGCUGCAUAUAGGUGGCGAGAAAAUGAGAUAGACAGCCACAUCAGGCAGCAUCAUAUGAGGAAAUUAGGGAAGGAAGUCAAAUUGCAACAUGUAAGAGAUGAUAAACUAGACCUGUUCAUUGGAGGAGCUGCUGCAUUGUAUCAUGUCAGGGCAGAGUUUAGGGUCUCUCAUUCUAUGAAGAUUGGUGCGGUCUUCAUCUGUUAUGGUUGACCUGCAUUGAUUCAUACUAUAGAGCCACAAGAAGAGGUGUUGAUUUUUGUCUUUAUCUCUGUUUUUUUUAUUAUUAUGAUUCUAACUCUUGGAAACCUUUCACAUACCGUUGGCUGACCUGUUCUUUUAUCUCCUAUGUAGCACUUUGCUGGAGAUGUCUUCAUCCAUCCACUGGCUCCUAAGAACAGACAAGGGUCUAUGUUAAUAAGGGAAUAGUUAGGGAGUUAUCUAUAGCUAUAGAAAAAAGUGAUACAAUGUGCAUCCUGCAGAAGGAACAUUUCAUUACUGCUAUGUUAAUAUAAUUAAUUUAGUCUGAACCUUUUUGGAGGACAUAGACAUAAAAAUAGAAACUGCCAUGUUUUAGGAGGGGUUUAUGAUUCAAACCACUCCCUUGAUGGUAUAUAUGUAAAAGAGGGGUGAUAUAUUUUCACAGUGAUAAAGCUUUGUGUACUAUAAUGGCAGAUUUUGAAAUGAUCUGCUUGUAUGUCAUGAGUGAUCUGUAACGAGUGAUCCAGUACACUGAACUUGGAUGCGUAGAGAUGUAUGCAUGUCUUUUUAUGCUUGCCUGCACCUUCUAAACUGUGUGGUCUGGUGGUCCCUCAUCUUCUUGCAAGCGGGUGAACAGUGUCUGUUUUAAAAUUUCAUUUAUAAGAAACCCUUAAAGAUUUCCAUCUCUUUGUCAAACCCUCUGCUUUUCCCUCAUAAACCAUGCCCCAAAGUGCUUUCUCCUUAUUCUGCAAAAGAUAUCACCUAGAUAUACGGGUGUGCACUUGGCAAACCCAUACUUGGAAUAUCUUCUCUUGGAAGAAUUCACGCUUUCCUUUAUCCUUCUCGUAGCACUAAGGAAUCAACAUCUAGAUUAAAUUGUAUAUCAGGAGUUGAUGAAUAUAUAAAAAAAAUGCACAAGUUUCUUUUUUUUUCUGAAAUGAGUCUAAUUUGUGACAAUCCACAUGAUUGUUAAUGAUGACCAAUGUAGAAGUGCAAGAAUUUUUUUUAAAAAUUACGGUUUUCAUUAGGAUUGGUCGCCUUAAUAAAAAAAUAAAAAAAAUGGCAGACUGCCCAGAAGUUCAUUGGUGGGAACAAAGUUGUCGAUAACUUGCCAUUUUUGCACAAUUAUGUAGCUGUUUGGAUAGGUGCAUGUAAUGGUGUGUCAACCCCACUUGUAAUACAUGACAUAGUACAGUAUGUUGGACUUGAUGAAGAAACUGCAUUUGUGGAAAUUUGCACAUGGGCUAAGCAUGUUCUCCAGAGUUCCUGAGAUGACCAGUGCGAGUUGUAUUCGAAAGAAACAAUCUAUUACGUGAUUAUGUGAUGAAAUCAGAUAUUAUUAUUAUUGAUGAUGAUGGGAAGGUAUGGCCUAAACCGUUUGAAAUGCUUGUGUGAAAAUAUAAGAGCACAUGGGAGGGGAACGGGUUGGGAUGGGCUUUUUUUCAUGGUUUUGGGGAGAAUGGAUUUUUUUCAACAGCUCUAAUGUUAACACCGGAAAAGCGUUCAGCUUUUUAACAGUUAAUACAAAAGGGAAAAACCAAACAGAAAAUAAAAUAUAUGCAGUUAAAUUAAGAGAACUUAUGCAUGUCUAUUUUAGGUCUGCUCCUUCACUGUCUGUUUACCUGAUUAAUAUUAUGAAAAUCGCUCUGUAUUUAAUGCAUCUUUCUAAAAUAAAACCUUUAUAAUUUUUUCUUAUUUUUUUUUUCUUUUUUUUGCGCACUGUCUUUGGGGAAAAAAAUAAAUGUCUUUCUAAGUUAAUAAAAACCUUAGCUUGGUAUGGUCACUAUCUGACAAACCAAUACACUUCUCGCAUUGUUACUGUUAUCUUAUGGGGCUAAUGUAAGCAUAUAUAUAAUAUAUCUAUUAUAAAUAUCACGUUUUAAACAGGACUUUGAAAGGCAUUUGAUGCAGAAUCUUUGCAUGAUAAUAGAAAAAUAAACCAAUUAUCCUGUGUUUGUUUGUUCUGAAUGUUGGUAGAUCUUCAUAGCUUUGUUACAUUGAAACCUUGGACAGAAGGUAUUUAAUAAAAUAACAUUUAAACAGUU